AUGACGUUUGGAACAGUAACUAAACCGUUUGCUAAGGAAAAGAACGAUCCAGCAGUUGGUGUUGAUCCGCGACCAGACGAAACAAGUGAGUAUGUUUAUAUCAAUGAAGGUUUCUCUGUAAUUCCCAUUAUUUUCCAGGUGAAUCACAGUCAUGAAGCCGUGAAAUAGAGCGAUUGAUUUGAUUUUAAAUCGGAAUAACUGGACUUCCCUCUCACGGCCUUUGUUUUGGAGCAUACAGGACGCAUGUUGAUGCAUCCGGGUUACGUGAAUUUCAAUGGAAAUGCAUUCCGUCUCUUAACCAAAUGCAUGAACUGUUGCCGGAGAACAAAACGGAACGUGACGUGAUUCCAAUCCGUCUGAAGACUCCUUUUUCGGAUACAUUCUGAAUCCGAUGGAUGCAAAAUCACCCCUCCUAACGUCAGAAUCUCCGCCCAUUUUUCCGUGCAGCUCUUCUGCACAUUCAUGUGUCGCAGUUGUGUUUUGACUUGUUUCGCUUCACUAGUCUUAAAAUUGUCCGUUUUUUGCCAUUAAUUGGUUUCUUUCCCUAUUUUUUCGCUGAAACUUCAUUGUAUCCAAGAAAUUCAUUUCUAUUCUCCUCUACUCUCUUCCCAAUAUUUCCGUCUAACCGUUAUUGACUUUUCACGCGUUUGCCCUUCCCUCGUACUAAGCUUAAAAUUUUGCAGGCAAGAUGAUGGACGAAGAUGGAAUCGUCAGAAACGGAUAUGAGAAGAUAUUUGGAGCAAUACUCGACAGUCAACCUUGUCCUCGACUGACUGUUGCUGAUCUGGCAGAAGCGUAUUGGUCGAGCUUAGAGCACAGACCGACUCGGCAUCAAGAGGUAGUCCUCGGACUGAAGCGCACGGAACCAUCGUCGCUGGCGGGUUUAGCUGCUACCUCAUACAUAAACAAAGUUGUGGAGCGCGAAGAUGUCAGAAACAAGAUUGCAGAGAUUCUGCGCCGAGGUAAGCGUCAAUAGAAGACGUUUUGAGGAGAACUAUUUGAUUUUUAGGAGAGGUCACAUUGGAAAAGUGCAGAUUUGUCUAUGACAAUGCGCUUCUCGUACAAUAUGCAAUCAUGUCGUCUUUGAUGCUUAUACCGGAUCAAAAAGUGGUGUUCACUUACAAAGCGGGAUUGUUCAGUGUGUUCGCGAACGGCAUUUACUAUGUACAUGAAGUCGUGCGCGAUGACCAGUACGUAGAUAAUCGCUAUAUUGUGGAAAUGGCGAGAGUCGUUCUCUAUGCCCCCAAACUCACUUUGGCGGUUAUUUUUAAAGGUGAGGUUGCGUUAUUAGUUGACUGAAUGACAAUGUGAGACAAUUUACAGUGACGGCACCACCGUUCUGGACUUCGCCACCCAACUCUUCUUGUAGCCUGGAAUUUCUUAAAUUUCUGCUGUUCGAAUUGCCGAAAGGUCUACCAAACGUGAAGCCGAGCCGUCAUCUUUAUGGCAGAGAAGGCAAUCCCUUUGGUUGGCGAUGCUCUAUUGAUCUUGACAGAGAUCUCGUCACUUUUCGACCAGAUAGACAUGGUCCUUUCCAUUUUGAAUAAACAUCUCGCAUGUUUUAAUAAAUUAAUAAAUUUUAUUAAAUUUUUUUAAUAAAUUUUAAUAAAUUAAGUUUGCUCAAAUUUUUUUCAUUCAAUUUUUUUGUUUGAAUGGAAGUAAAAUGCGCCAAAAACGUUUUCUUUGUUAGCGCAUUUCGCAUAUCACUCCUUUGUGAAAACGUAGUAAUUCAAAAAGAGUUGAAAAUUUCGGUCAAAAUUACUUGCCUCAACUGGAUUCAGCUAAGUAAGCUUUGAAAAACUUUAAGUCAUUCGUCUUUGUGAAUAUUUCGUAAAUUUUUAAUUCUAGAAUGCCUUACGGUGUUAUGAUGUAUCUCUCACAGUCGUUUUCUAUUUGCUAUUUCAUAUAUUUAUGUUUCUGUCUUCUCAAAUGUUCCAAUAAUUUUUCCAUUUGAAUAACAGACAUAGUGUGGUUCUUCUCCGUUUGUUUUAAAAUCUGCGAAUAAAUAAAGUGACUACACUGGUUUGUGUGAGAAGUUUAAGCAACGACAAGCAACAAUAAUAAUAGACUAGCAAGAUGACCGGCCUGCUCGGAUGUUUUACUUUGAAUGAAUUUUUUUCAGUGUUGGAAAUGUUUAGAUCAUAUUGGAGUCUGUCAAGCCGACCGGGCCGGAGAAUUUCAGAUUUAGGCCCGACCCGACUCGUUGUAAGCCUGAAAAAUAAAGAUCGUGACAUAAUUUGUGAUAUUAUACGUUUUGUUUCCUUUUCCUCCCUCCAUUGUGCUUUUUGUUGCUCUACACCCACGGAAUUCCAGUUCAAUAAAACACUUACGAGGGUCAGAGCCCAUGUAAUCCCAUCGUCCUACCCUUCCCCAUUUUUCUUUUUUCCACUCCUACUAAUUGGAUGGACACGAAUCCGAACCAAACAAAAAGAGGAUUAUAGUGGAGUGGAGUGGAAAGCAUAAAUUUUCUCGACUGCACGCCUUCAAGAGGCCAAAGUUACGCCGAGCGAUAGAGCACAUAAACUCUCUUCUUCUUCCUUUCUUUCUCUUUCCCUCUUCUUAUUGAUCCACUAGCUCGUCGAAGGGGCAAAGUGGAAGAGAACGGGGGGAAACGGAGAUGAAGAGGAAAAGGGAGAAGAAAAGAAGAAGCUCCGUGGGUUCUGCUCUCAUUUCUUCUUAUUUAUGUCUCAAUUCAUUUUGCCGCCCCAUCUCCCCAUCCUCGCUCCCUCUCUCCCUUUUCACGCACUUCUUCUUCUUCUUCUUUCUUCUUCCCGUCCACUUCUCUUGAACUAUUCAGUCCUUCCUUCUUUUCAGUUCUCAGACGUUGAAAUGGCGGCCGUCACGGGCGCAUCCGACGCGAUUCAACAGGGGCAGUUCCCCAACGUCUACCAAAAGAUGUUCAAGAUAUUCCUGAAAGAUGACGUUGACCCGUCGACGCUAGCCAUUUUCGGCAAGGCCUACUUAAAUGAGGUUCAGGACCUGGAGACCAUUGACCCAACCUCUCUGCAGUUUCUGUCUGUGCAAACUUUCAUGAAGGACAAGCUGAAGCACGAUCCGGAAGUUCGCGAGAAGCUGGCAAUGUUAUUCAGAGAAUGUGAGUUAAUGUGAUAAUCUGUAGACUGAUUAAAAAUUGUUUUCCGAAAAAAGUCUGUUACUGGGAAUCUGAUAUUAUUAGAAACGCGUUUUUGCCGCACCCGCUGUAGCUGCUACUCACUUAAACAUUUCGAAUCAAAAGUUAGGCGCCUAUUAGAAGAAGUCCAUUUUUAGGUCCGAUCGAUAAAAACGACAUCCCCUUCGUUUACUUCCACCCGGAACUUCUCAAAGCGGCGUUCUCCAAGGCUGUUAUCAACACCAACGGAGUUUUCGUGGAAUAUCUCCGCAAAAGCUUCCUGGCCACGAUCGACGACAACUGCUAUUAUAACGAAAUAGUGGAUGAGAGAAGAACAAAAGAGCGCAAUUUUAUGUCAAUUAUGAAAUCAUUCGCUAAGUCGGCCUUUGACGCCAAGGUUCCAGUCAUCUUUUUUACGAGUGAGAAUUUGAGCUCAACAUGUUUCACAAUAACUGCAAAAAUUUUCAGUGGAAAAGCAAGAAGGAGACUCCAAAAGACCGUACAAAACUAUCAAGACCAUGCUGAAAGAACUGCCGCGAAGAAAGCCGCCACGUUUCUUCGACAGCCGAUUCUUCCUGUGCAGCGGCAAUCCCUACGGAUAUCAUUUCUACGUCCUGACCGACGUGGAUCAGUUCUGUGCGGUUGGAUUCAGUUUGGAGAAGGACGCGGUGUACGAGUACAUCCAUCAGCAUCAUCAGCACAAUCAUCAUCUCCAUCUCCUUUAUCAUCUUUAUCUUCAUUAA